UUGCUGCCUCCCAAAAUAACGCCCUCUCUCUCUCUCUCUCUCUCUCAAAAUGUCUUCGUCUCCCACACUUGCUCUUAGUCCAACCGUGCCUCACAAGUGCUACUUUCUCCGCAAUCAAUCGGCUCUUUCUCCAUUUAUCAGACCUUCCUUCUCACUUCAUGUUUCCUUCAGAUCCCUCACCUGCCGCUGCUCUGCCGAUCGCGAAGAGGAUCGAUGGCUUCGCGAAGAGCAGCGUUGGCUUCGUGAAGAGCAGAGAUGGCUUCGCGAGGAGCAACGUUGGGCUCGCGAACGCGACUCUCUUCUCCGCGAGAUUUCUGACCUUAGGCUUCAAAUUCAAUCCCUAGAACGCCGGAUUUUGGCCUCUGAUGUGUCUUCUUCUUCUUCUUCCUCGUCUUCGGUCUCCGAUGCUAUUGCGAAUGUUACGGCGUUGUUGCAGGUUCUGAAGGAUAAGAACGAUAAUUUGAUUGCAGAGAGUGGUUCCAGUUCGCGGGAGAUGGUGCUAGAGGAGAAGAGGGACGAGGAAGAAGAGAUUGUGAAGGAGGUGACGGUUCAGGACACUGCUUGGAUUUCGGACAGAAAAGUGGAGAAGAGGGUGGAAAAUCGGAGCGCCUUGAGGACGGGAUCGGAAGGGGAAGAGGUUCGAGAAAUGCAGGAAGCGCUAUUAAAUUUGGGAUUUUACUCAGGCGAGGAAGACAUGGAAUAUUCCAGCUUUUCAAGUGGAACUGAACGUGCUGUGAAGACUUGGCAAGCAGCAUCAGGAGUCCCUGAAGAUGGCAUCAUGACAGCUGAACUCCUGGAGAAACUAUAUAUGGAGAUAAGGUUUAAGGAUGCUGGUGUUGUGAAUGAGAAAGAAAAUUAUAAUACUGUUUCACCCGAGGAAGUUGCGAAUGGUGCUCCAGUUGCUUCUAUGGCAGAAACUUCUGAGUUCCAGCAAACUAUUGUGGGAGAUGGUGAUGCAGAAAUAGAUGUCUCCCAUCAGCGAGUCUUCCUCCUAGGAGAAAAUCGAUGGGAAGAACCCUCGAGACUUCGUGCCAUUAAAGGAGUUGACAAGGGCAAGACGAAGGAUGGAACGACACAAUGCCAUCAGUGUCGUGGGGAAGGUCGCCUGUUAUGUACAGAAUGUGAUGGAACAGGCGAGCCAAAUAUAGAACCCCAAUUUUUGGAAUGGGUGGUUGAGGCUGCUAAAUGUCCAUAUUGUGAGGGCCUAGGGUACACAAUUUGUGAUUUAUGCGCUGGAAAAAUCGUUAUAUAGAAAAGAUCCAUCUUAGGCGGCAUGGAAGGAAGCCGCAGGGAUCCAACCUAAAGCACAUCAAGCUUAUCUCGACCUUAUAUUCAGAUUAGUACUAUGUAUAGUGUUCGCUCAUUGGCGUGCAUGAUUAAAUUUUAAUGUAACCUAAACAACGCACAGUGAUUUUUUUUUGGGGGGGGGGGGACAUUUUUUAAUUUUUCCAGGGUUCAUGUAUAAAAUAAACCACACAUUAAUGAAAGCUUUCGAGGAAUCGCAGGGUAAGGUUACCCCCUGCAUCGCCCAAGUAUUCGAGAUGCUCUAGCACGUUUUAAAUCACAGCAUUUGAAGCAACAUUAGGCAACCACUGUCCUAUCCAGAAUAACAGAGGA